AAACUGCACCCAACUUCCGAGGCGCCCUCAUUGCCAGCCGGACCCCAGCCUCCGACAGGUUCGGGCCCCUUGCUCGCCCCGUGCUCCGCUGCCCCCCGCCCAGCGCCCGGCCCCUCCGGCUCCACUCGCUUGCUUUCUCGGCCGCUCCGACGCCAUGGACCCGUUCUGGUGGCGCGCAGCUUGGGGACUCUGCCUCGUGCAGCUGAGUCUGGCGCAGAUCGAUCUAAAUAUAACCUGCCGAUACGCAGGUAUAUUCCACGUGGAGAAGAAUGGUCGCUACAGCAUCUCGAAGACUGAGGCUGCUGACCUCUGCAAGGCCUUCAAUUGUACGCUGCCCACCAUGGCCCAGAUGGAGGCAGCCCUGCGUGUAGGGUUUGAGACCUGCAGGUACGGGUUCAUAGAUGGGCACGUGGUGAUCCCCCGGAUCCACCCCAAUUCCAUCUGUGCUGCAAACAACACGGGAGUGUACAUCCUUACAUCCAAUACCUCCCAGUAUGACACGUAUUGCUUCAAUGCUUCAGCUCCCCUUGAAGAAGACUGUACGUCAGUCACAGACCUGCCCAAUGCCUUUGAAGGACCAAUUACCAUAACUAUUGUUAACCGUGAUGGCACCCGGUACACCAAGAAAGGGGAAUACAGAACUAACCCCGACGACAUCAACCCCAGCACCGCUCCCGAGGAGGACAUGAGCAGUGGAUCCUCCAGUGAGAGAAGCACUUCAGGGGGCUACAACAUCUUCCACACCCAUCUUCCAACCGUGUACCCGACCCAGGACCAAGAUAGUCCCCGGGUCUCCAGUGACCCAGAGACUACCCCGACUACCACUUUGAUGAGCACUAGUGGUACAACUUCCAAAACAGCAACCAAGAGGCAAGAAGUCCAGGAUUGGUUUUCUUGGUGGUUUCAGCCAUCAACAUCCAAGAUUCAUCUUCACACCACAACAAUUAUGGCUGGUACGGAUUCAAAUAUCAUCUCAGCAGGCUGGGAGCCAACUGAAGAAAAUGAAGAUGAAAGUGACAGACACCCCAGUUAUUCUGGAUCAGGCAUUGAUGAUGAUGAAGAUUUUAUCUCCAGCACCAUUUCAACCACACCACGGGUUUUUAACCACCCACAACAGAACCAGGAUUGGACGCACCUGAGCCCAGGCCAUUCGAAUCCAGAAGUAUCACUUCAGACAACCACAAGGAUGACUGAUGUGGACAGAAGUAGCACCAGUGCUUAUGGAGAAAAAUGGACCCAGGAAACGCACUCUUCUCUCAGUCACCACGGAUAUCAUGAUGAAGAGGAGACCCAGCAUCCUACAGGCACAACCCGGGCACCCCCUACUAAUACAACAGAAGAAACAGCUACCCAGAAAGAGCAGUGGUUUGAGAAUGGAUGGCCUGGGGAAUAUCCCCAAAUGCCAAAAGAAGACUCUCAUUCAACAGCAGGGACAACUGCAGCCUCAGCCCAUGACAGCCAUCCAAAUCAAAGAGUGACAACGCAGAGCCAAGAGGACCGUUCCUGGACUUAUUUCUCCGACCCAGUCUCACAUCCAAUGGGACGAGGUCAUCAAACAGAAAGAAGGAUGGAUAUGGACACCAGCCAUAGUACAACAACGCUUCAGCCUUCUGCAGAUCCAAACACAGGUUUGGUGGAAGACUUGGACAGGACAGGACCUCUUUCAGUGACAACUCAACAGAGUGAUACUCAGAGCUUCUCUACAUCACAUGGAGGCUUGGAAGAAGACAAAGACCAUCCCAUGACUGCUACUCCAACAUCUAGCAAUAGGAAUGAUGGCAGAGGUGGCAGAAGAGGUGGAAAUCUUCCUGAAGACUCAACUCCUUCAGUGGAAGGUUAUACUCCUUAUUCUCCAGACACAAAUGAAUACAGAACCCUCAUCCCAGUGACCCCUGCUAAGACUGGGUCCCCUGAAGUUACUGAAGUUACUAUUGUUGGAGAAUCUACUUCUAAUGUUGAUCUUUCUUUACCAGAAGACCAAGACUUAUCCCGUGACCCCAGCGGGAGGUCCUAUACAACUCAAGGAUCCGAAUCAGCUGGGCACUCAAGUGGGAGUCAGGAACGUGGGAUAAACACAACCUCAGGUCCUAUGCGGAAACCUCAAAUUCCAGAAUGGCUGAUCAUCUUGGCAUCUCUCCUGGCCCUGGCUUUGAUUCUUGCAGUUUGCAUCGCUGUCAACAGUAGGAGAAGGUGUGGGCAGAAGAAAAAGCUGGUGAUCAACAAUGGCAAUGGCACUGUGGAGGAGAGAAAGCCCAGCGGGCUCAACGGAGAAACUAGCAAGUCUCAGGAGAUGGUGCAUUUGGUGAACAAGGAGCCGUCAGGGACCCCAGACCAGUUUAUGACCGCAGAUGAGAGGCGGAACCUGCAGAAUGUGGACAUGAAGAUUGGGGUGUAACACCUACUCCAUGACCUUGGAAAGAAACCAUUGUCAGAGACAUAAUCUUUACAGGGAGCUGGGACACUUCACAGAUGCGAUGUGCUACUGAUUGUUUCAUUGCGGAUCUUUUUUCAGCAUAAAAUUUUCUAUUCCUUUU